CUGUACCGCAAGCCUUUCUUCUUACGCUCUCUUUGCUGCAUUUCUCAAGAUUCGACAUUAUGGCGGAGGCACCCGCCCCCACAGACGUGCCGAAAAGCGCCGUUGCUGCGACUAUCGACCUGCUCAAGCCCCAAGAAGCAGAGUCAAAAACACUCAAGAUUGAAAACACCGAAAAGCGAGAUACCCUGAUUGAGGCCGAAAAACGCUACCAGAAAGCGUGGGAAGAGCUGGGAGUCUUUCAGCCUGAUGCGCCCUCGAUCGAUGAAGUACCCUUCGACACCACCUCACCCGAUGAACUGCACGAAAAGUACCCAAAAUGGUUCGGCAACUUCGCUUAUCCUUACAUGAAUGGAACGCUGCACGCUGGCCAUGGAUUCACUGCGUCGAAAGUCGAGUUUACUGCUGGAUUCCAGAGAAUGAUUGGCAAGCGGACGCUAUUUCCUCUCGGCUACCACGUGACGGGCAUGCCUAUCAAAGCAUGCGCAGACAAACUCGUCAGGGAAGUUGAGAUGUUCGGCCAGAACUUCGAACGAUGCCCGGUAGAGGACGUCCUUGACGACAGCGCACCGCCCCCGCCCGCACCUACGCAGGCUGAGACCAAGACCGACAUCACCAAAUUCAAGGCCCACAAAGGCAAAGCCGCCGCCAAGACUGUCAAAACCAAGUACCAGUUCCAGAUCAUGCUGGCCCAAGGCAUCCAGCUCGAGGAGAUCCACAAGUUCUCCGAUCCGUUCCACUGGAUUCAGUUCUUCCCCCCGCUAGCAAAACGCGACCUCACCAACUUCGGCGCACGCAUUGACUGGCGCCGACAGUUCGUCACCACUGAUGCGAAUCCCUACUACGACGCCUUUGUUGCGUGGCAGAUGCGCAAGCUCCUAGACCUAAAGAAGAUCAUCUUCGCGAAGAGAUACACCGUCUACAGCCCGAAAGACGGACAAGCUUGCAUGGAUCAUGACAGGCAGUCUGGUGAAGGUGUUGGUAUCCAAGAGUACACAGCACUGAAGAUGAAGGUUGUGAAGUGGGCAGACUCGGCCAAAGAACUCGAGGGCAAAGUCCCAGAGGGUGCCAGCGCCUACUUCAUUCCCGCAACACUACGACCCGAGACCAUGUACGGCCAGACGUCAUGUUUCGUCAGCCCAACUAUACAAUACGGACUAUUCAAAGUCACAGACACAGAGUACUUUGUGUGCAGCGAACGCUCAGCACGCAACAUGAGCUACCAGCCGGGCAUCUUCCCUGAGUGGGGUCAAUUCCCUCAAGUCGCUAGUUUCAAUGGCAAAGAAGUCGUCGGCACCAUCGUGAACGCCCCCCUCUCCGUCCACAAAGAAGUCUACAUCUUGCCUAUGGAAACAGUCAAAGACACCAAAGGUACCGCAGUCGUCACCUGUGUGCCCUCCGACUCUCCAGACGACUACAUCACAUCGUUUGAUCUAGCGAAGAAGGCCGAGUACUACGGAAUUCAGAAAGAGUGGGUUAAGUUCGACGACAUCCUCCCCAUUAUCGAGACACCUACCUACGGCAACCUCACCGCAAAGAAGCUAGUGGAAGAUCUCAAGAUCCAGUCGCCAAAAGAUGCUACGAAACUCGCAGACGCAAAAGAAAAGGCAUACAAGGAAGGCUUCUAUAAGGGCAAGAUGCUGUAUGGCGACUUCACGGGCAAACCAGUCGAAGAGGCGAAGAAUCUGGUUCGAAAGCAACUGGUCGAUGCCGGCUACGCCUUCCCCUACGCUGAGCCAGAUGGCAAGGUCAUGAGCCGAAGUGGUGACGAUUGUGUUGCAGCUUUGCUCGACCAGUGGUACAUGAAUUACGGCACGGCAGAGAAUGGCGGAGACGGCGAGUGGGCUGAGAAGGUCCGAGCACACAUCGAGGGCGACCUCAACCUCUACUACCCCGAGGCCAAGAAUCAAUUCCUGCGCGUCGUGGACUGGCUUAGCAACUGGGCUUGUGCUCGUUCAUACGGUCUUGGAACCAAGGUGCCCUGGGAUCCGUCUGUCAUGGUUGAGAGUUUGUCAGAUUCCACCAUCUACCCGGCGUACUACACAUUCGCACACCUACUCCACAAGGAUAUGUUCGGAAAGGAGCCUGGAGCCCUUGGCAUCCAGCCUGACCAGCUGACCGAUGAUGUCUGGGACUACGUAUUUGCCCGCCGUGAUCGCUCAGAUCUACCUCAGUCAGACAUCCCAAAGAAGGCGCUCGAGACAAUGAGGCGGCACUUUGACUACUGGUACCCGUUCGACAUGCGAACUAGCGGCAAGGACCUUAUCCAGAACCACCUAACCUUCAAUCUCUACGUUCACACCGCGAUCUUCCCCAAGGAGAACUGGCCGCGCAGCUUCCGUGUGAAUGGGCAUCUCCUCCUCAACGGCGACAAGAUGAGCAAGUCUACAGGCAACUUCCUUACAAUCGCAGGCGCUGUUGAGAAGUUCGGUGCGGAUGCCACGCGUAUUGCGCUUGCCGACGCAGGAGACGAAAUCACCGACGCCAACUUCGAAGAGACAGUCGCAAACAGCAACAUCUUGAAGCUGUUCGAGCUGCGCAAGUGGUGCGAAGAACUAGUCGGAGAGGCCGUAUACGUCUCUGAUGCUUCGAAGUAUGCGGAGAAGCGGGCUAGUGGAGGCAUCAAGAAUAUAGACAUUAUUCAGCGACAGAGCGGCAGCGAGCGCCUCCUUUUCGACGACAUGUUCGACAACGAGGUCAACCUACUAGUCGAGGAGACAUACCAGCACUACUCUGCCACGUCGUACAAGUUGGCGCUGAAGUCAGGCUUCUAUGACUUUACAUCUGCGCGCGAUUUCUACCGCGAAGCUACUAAAGCUGCAGGCGUCGGGAUGCAUCAAGACCUCGUCAAGAAGUUCAUUGAACUGCAGGCGCUCUUACUCGCCCCCAUUGCGCCACAUUGGGCUGAGUACAUCUGGCUUGAGGUUCUCAAGAAAGACGAGACCAUCCAGAAGGCUCUGUGGCCAAAGGUUCCGGCGGCCAACGCAGCGCUCACUGCAGCUCGUGAAUUCGUCCGGACAACGCAAUCGAACAUUACAUCAGCGGAAGGCGCAGCCAUCAAGAGGCUGUCGAAGGGCAAGGCGGCCCACUUCGAUCCGAAGAAGGAGAAGAAGAUCACCAUCUUUGCGGCAAAGGAGUGGCCCGCAUGGCAGACAAAGUACAUUGACCUGAUCCGCAACUCACCCGGUCCGCUUGACAUCAAAGCUAUUAGCAAGUCCAUCGACAAGGCCGAAUCUAAGAAAGCCAUGCCCUUCAUCAAUAGUCUUAAGCGUCGUCUUGAUAACGGCGAGCCUAAGGACAUCGUUCUGAAUCGCGAACUCGCUUUCGACGAGCUCAGCACGCUAAGGGCCAUGGUUCCAGGACUCAAGCAGACGGUGCAGAAGUGCAUUGAGGUAGAGAUUGUCACGGUCGCAGAGGGUGGCAAAGAAGGCAUCGUGAUCAAGGAGGAUGGGAGUCUGGGUGAGGUUCGCACGGAACUACCACCUACUGCUGGCAGUGCAGAGCCGGGUAGCCCUAGCUUUGCGUUUGAGAACGUGGAGAACUUGGCUGUGCGGUAGGCACUGCGUGGAUGGCCAUGACGUGGUUUAUGUGCACGCGACUUGGACGGACUGGUAUGUAGCUGACGUCUUGCAUGAUUGAACGUGAACGAUUCAUGAAUCAAAACCUUCACGAUAGAUAGAUAGACGUGUGGAAUAUCUAAAACAAUCUUUUUCAUCCUGCUACGUAACCUGGGUUAUAACUCAUGUCAUUUCCAUAGUUGCAUUCUAGCAGACUGCAGUGCAGUGAAAACUUGAGCCUACAUAAUAUUACUACGUGGCAGACUACAGGCUUAUAUCGUAGCGCUAGUAGAGGAAUUAAACCAACUGACAAAAUAUGUAAAGAAUACUCAGUGAGAAGAGAGAGGAAUAAAG